AUGCAUAAAGUCUUGGUGCCCAAGCAUUCUGGAACGCAUCGUUUUGCAUGUCUGUCGCUGUAUCGAGCACUUCUCCAGCAAUGUCGCUCUUCGACCGAAACCGCGUGGCUCGAUGAGACCAGAAGUCUGGUUCGGCAGAAUUUCCGAAAGUACAAGAUCCUCCAGAGCCCAUCACAGACAGUGCAUGCUCUUCGUGCGGGAUAUGAGGCCUUGGAUCUCAUAUCCUCGUCGCAUACUAAUCUACAGCAUCGUGAAAGAAUUACAGACAUAAUCACCCAAGCCAAAUCCCAGAGAGACAAAUACGCCCGGAUGCAAAAGAGGAGUCAGCCAGUAGCGCCACCGCCGACACCUCUCACGCCCAAGGCGGCUCGAAAGGCAGAGUCAAUUCGUUUCCAGAAUGAAACCUCUCGACGACAUCCCGAUGCCAAAUCGGUACUCGACCGGCCACAGUUUCUGGGUGGUAAGAAGCGCCAUGUGCCGGUGCUUGUGAACGCCCGCGGGCUUCCUUUCCUGCGAUUCAAAAAGCCACAGCCAAGAAAUGUCAGCAGUGUGAUACGGACAAAGCUCAAUAAUCGCUGGGAAUGGAUUCAGCGUCGGGACAGGCUGAAAGUAGACUUGCUUUUCGCGGAGGAUGAAGAGAUAUGGGAUCGCAUGACCGGGUCCAAGGAUUUGCCCGCUUGGCCUGAAAACACCGAAACAGCCAUUGAAGAUGUCAAAGGCAAAAUCAACAACUUUGACAAGCAAACUAAAGACCUUGCACAGAAGAUGUGGAAUGUUGUUUUGGCUGAAAGGGCCAUGGCAGCGGAAGAAGCAGCCACAGAACAGUCAGAGCAGUGA